AUCUGUUGUUUUCCUCCCCUCCCCCAUCCCGAAUGAACGGUAUGGGCUAUUACGCGAGCCGGAGUGGUUCCUCGCUGUUCACGAUGUUCAGGCACGUCACUAAGGCUGUGCCGGCGGGACGAGCAGGGAGUGGUGACCAGGGAGCAGCUUUGUGUAAAGUGCAACGUUCACCUUUUCACAACUUGAUGGUAUUGUUAUAGUAAGUGGCUGCUAGUACUACGCUGCUCUGGUGUGUGAGGAAGUUAGACGUGCAUGGAGGCUCAAAAGGACGGGAAACCAAAAGUGGGCGAAGAAAAAUUGCCUCCCUCGAUGUAGUCUGAGGUCCCUACCGACGAGAUGGUGAAGGCAGAUCCCGCGCGGAACACCCUGUGUCGCCCUGGGUGUGGCAGGUGCCGUGGCCCGUCUCGCGCCGCGGCCAGAUGCAAGAAUUUGGUCUUGGCGCUCUCUGCCGGAGUCCUGCUCGCGGUGGUCUGCAGAAGGGGCGUUCCUCGGACUUCCUUACCGGAACAGCACUCGUAUAUUGGGAACGAAGAUGUAAGAAGAGUUAGUGUCAAUUGGGAGUCGAGUAAAAGGCCUCAUGAAUAUAAUGACGUAGAAGAAAUGAUAUAUCUUCCUGAAAGAAAGGUUGAUGAUAGAAACCUAAACCUUAUGCCUAAUAUAAUAUCUGAAAACAAAGGUGAUUAUUAUGUGAGAAAAGAUAACAGGAACGAAGAUGAAAGAAGAGUUAGCGACAAUCGGGAGUCAAGUAAAUGGCCUCAGAACUAUAAUGACGUAGAAAAAAAUUUAUAUCCUCCUGAAAGAGAGCUUGGUGAUAGAAACCUCAACCUCGUGCCUAAUACUGUAUCUGAAAACAAAGGUAAAUAUUAUGUGGGAAAAGGUAACAGGACUACGAGAAUGAAAUAUGGAAGAGAAACCGCCAAUAAAGACUAUUUAAAUACAUACAAAAAAAAAAUAAUAGGCUCUGUAGCUACUUACCGACUUACUCCCUCCACCGCUACCUCUGCCUUUCCUUCCACCAGUAGCGUCGCCUCCUCCUCCUCGUCCUCCUCCUCCUCCACCACCACCACUAACAUCACCGCAAACCUCGCCACCGUCACUGCCUCUUCCGUUGCCCUCGCCACAGCCUCAAACAACCUCAUACAACAUAUCCAAGUCGACGAAACCCAAAAGACCAUAUUGUUUUACACGACCUUUUUCGGCGGAUCGUGGGAGACCUUUCUGAGGGAGAGGACUCGCCUGGAUCACGUGUGUCCGGUCUCAAGCUGCCGUUUCCUCUUCGAGUCUGCUCACCCCGAAGAGGCGGACGCUGUAGUUUUUCACGCCGAUGACAUCAAGGCAGACUCAUUGCCAGGCGUGCGGCGGCCGGACCAACUCUACAUCUGGCUGAACAUGGAGUCACCGGAGGAGGUCGGGAGCAUUCGUGGCCUUGUCCGAGCUAAGCCACGGCGCAAGAGUCGAAGGAAGAUGGUAAGGAAGGAGGAUGAAAAGCUAUACGGCCGGCCAGACUUCUUCAACUGGACCUUCACUUACCACCGGGACUCUGACUUGCUACUGCUCUACGGAGGCUUGUGGCCGCUGAAAGGAGAUGUUGGUGAGCGCCCAGGCCUUCUCAACACCUCCGGGUCAUCUUACCGUGACUACGUGGCAGCGCUGGGUCGCGGGGAGCUGCUGCAGGACAUGCGGCGGGACUGGUCAGCCUUUCUAAGCCGCCCCAAGCUCGCCGUGUGGAUGGCGUCGCACUGCAGCACUCUUUCAGGCCGCGAGUUCUACGUCAAGGAGCUUCAGCGUCACCUCCACGUCGAUGUGUUUGGCUCGUGCGGUGACCUGCGAUGCGGCAAGACUCACGAAGACGUCGAGUGCUACUCCCGCCUCCUCCAGCCGACCUACAAAUUUUAUCUGUCAUUCGAGAACAAUAUGUGUCAAGAUUACAUCACAGAGAAGGUGUGGCUGGUGCUGCACUACGGACUGGUGCCAGUGGUCUACGGAGGUGCCCGCUACGCCGACUUCCUGCCGCCUCACUCCUACGUGGACGCGACCGUCCGCACGCCCCGCCAGCUGGCCCGCCUCCUGGACGAGGUUGGGAAUUCACCGGAGCUGUACGGCCGUUACCAUCUGUGGCGUCAUUACUGGAAAGUGCUCCUGGGACCCCCGUUGUGUGAGCUCUGCCUUAAUCUGCACCACAGAGGGACACGCAACGACGAGGACGAGAAGGAGGAGGAGGUGGCUGGGCGGCGACAGUACACGAACCUACGAAGGUGGUGGCUGGGCGUCAAUAACUGCUCCUCCCGCUACCCUCUGGACCGCUAUCCCCGCCCGCCGGAGCCCGACACGAGGCCGUUCCUUCAGAAGAUAAAAGAUGUAUUCGGGAUCUACGUGGAGGCUGCCAAAGCUGUUCUCCCCGCCGCCAGACAACAGACGUGACAAGUUUGUUUUGGUAGGAAGUUGUUGCGCUUAGAAGAAGAAUGCUGCCUUUUUUCCUUCUGCUGUAUAGUCAGCCGAGAAAGUAGACGAUGUGUUUGGCUUACAUGUAUUGGUACAAGAGAAAUUGUUGCACUUAGAGUAGAGGACACUAUCAUUUUUUUCUGCUAGUCAGCCGAGAAAGUAGACGAUGUGUUUGGCUUACAUGUAUUGGUACAAGAGAAAUUGUUGCACUUAGAGUAGAGGACACUAUCAUUUUUUUCUGCUAGUCAGCCAAGAAAGUAGUAGAUGUGUUUGGGGUUUGCGUUGGAGUGGCUGAAGUUGUCUUGGUUAAAAAGAAAAUCGUUGCCCGUAGAGGAAGAAUAUUGCCUUUUUUUCCUUCUGCUACAGUCAGCCAAGAAAAAGAUCCUCCUCCUCCUCCAGCUUCUCUUUCGCUCCUCUAUACACUACCUUAAAAGCCAGACAUUGUUGGGUAAAGAGUGGAUCUUCUACCUCCUCUGUGGCUUGCUUUGUGAGGCGUCUUCUGUAUAUGGUCACGUGUGUGUGUGUGUGUGUGUGUGUGUGUGUGUCUUGCCUUACUAAAGACUUUUCGAGUAUAGUCUCAACUUAGUAUGUUUAAAACAGGGCGAUACAAGGGUGAGUGAUUUCUGAAUACUAACACGUAGCUGAGGGAAGGAGGGAGGCAGGGAGGGAGAGCACGAGACGGGAGAACAAGUUUAAUUCAUUAGUAAACAAGCGUGAGGCAGCAUUUUCUUAAAGGCGAUGGAUCUUAAGGCGGCGGCAACGAGUGACGAAGAAGUAGUAGCGCUAGGUUCUCUCGGGCGCCCGGAAAAGUGGGUUACGUCAGUUUUUAAAGGGAGGUGACUGGUAUGUUAGCCGGGUUGAGAGGGGACGCGUAUUUCCUUUCUCUGUACGGGUCAUGUGGUCAGGUUAGGUUAGGUAAAGUAAGAUUAGAUUUAAUAUAUGAUGGGUAAUUUUGAGUGGGAAUCACAAUGAUAGUAUUUUCCAGGACACCCCGUGGUUAUUUUCGAUGAUACAGCCGAGCGUCUUCACACAGGGACCACAUAGCUACGCGUAGAGAGAUUGAGAGUAUGCUGGGGUGGGUGGGGGGGGGACGAAUUUCACGAGGGAGGGAGGGAGGAGGGGGCAGCGAUGAAAAUUUUAAAACCGGUUGUUGAAUGUUAUACGAAAAGAGUUCUCGCAGGGCAAUCAUGUUGUGUAUACGUGUACAUAGUGUAUGAUGAUUAAAAGGGAGGGGAAGGGGAGGAGGAGAGGGGAGGGCUGUUUGGCUGCCUCUUUGGUCUGGUCUGUUUCCGUGUGAAUGCUUUGUUAAAGUAUAUAGUUUAUGUUGAGAGAGAAAGAUAAAUAUCUAUCUAUCUAUCUAUCUAGAGAGAGAGAGGGGGGGAAUGGUGAUGGAGAAGGGAUAGGCCUAUUGCUCUCUCUCUCUCUCUCUCUCUCUCUCUCUCUCUCUCUCUCUCUCUCUCUCUCUCUCUC